CAGUCAUCGAGUGAUGCAGGAGCAACUUCCCGAACUUGCCCUCCUCUCCUCUCCUGGCGGCGAAUAUCCACCUCCAGGACAGUGACUACCAGCUCCCACCGCCCCAUUCCGCGCAGCAGAGAUCCCUGCGCAGACACCCCCGUUUCUCCUUCGCUCGGUGCUCCGCCCCUCUCGGAAAGUAGAUCCGGCCAGGCAGACAAAAGUUUGGGAGAGAAGUUCCGUCCGUGCUGAGUGUGAGAGCGAGGGGGGCGGGGGCCGGGAGCAGCGGGGCGGCCGGGCAAGUCGACGCGUGGACAGAUAGACCUGCGGACGCGACAGCCGUAGGCCCUCCCAGCCUGCUCAGCCCCUGAUGCGCGGGGGUCCGCAGCCCCUCCUGCCGGGGGAUGCUGGGGGAUUCCUGGCGCCGGGCAUCGGGGCCGCCCGCUAAACCGUUGUGCCUACUCCGUGCCCCCGGGGAACCGGAGCCCGGCCGCAGGCAAAGAGAAGCGGGGGCCGAGAGGCUGCUGGGUGCGGGGCGGGGAGGGGGCUGGAGGCCCCAGGCCCGAGGGCAUGGAGCGGUUGGGAGAGAAAGCCAGUCGCCUGUUUGAGAAGUUAAGACUCUCGGACUCGGGCAGCGCUAAGUUCGGCCGCAGAAAGGGUGAAUCUAGCCGGUCUGAUGGGACCCCCGGGCCGGGCAAAGGGCGCCUGAGUGGGUCGGGGGGACCGAGGAAAUCAGGGCCCCGUGGAGCUACCGGGGGACCUGGGGAUGAGCCGCUGGAUCCAGCCCGGGAGCAAGGACCCCUGGACGCUGAGCGCAACCCGCGCGGCUCCUUUGAGGCGCAGCGCUACGAGGGCUCCUUUCCCGGGGGGCCGGCUCCCACCCGGGCCUUGCCUCUACCUCAGUCACUGACCCCAGACUUUCGGUUGGAGACCACGGCCCCAGCCCUCAGCCCCCGCUCCAGUUUCGCCAGUAGCUCCGCCAGCGACGCGAACCUCUAUGGCUAG